AUGACGAAUACAGCAGAGGUCACUAAUAUUAUUCGCAUAGGAUAUGUACCUGAACAUUUUUCCACACCCUUAUAUAUUGCAAAAGAUCUUGGCUACUUUGAUCAAUUAAGUGUAAAAGUUGAGCUCGUUUUAUGCCCAGGCGGUACUGGUGAGAUGACAUCAAAACUCCAUGAUAAAUCAAUUGAUCUUGCUAUUGCUUUGACAGAAGGUCUGGUUGCUGGUAUCAAUAACGGACAAGAUUGGUAUAAAAUUGUUGGGACUUAUGUUGACGCUCCAUUGUGUUGGGCAUUAUCUGCUGGCAAAAACUCUAAUCAUAGCUCUAUUGACAACCUUCAUAAAACAAACGUGGCUAUUUCUCGUUAUGGUUCUGGAUCACAUAUUAUGGCCUUUGUACUAGCUAAUCAACAACAUUGGUUAAAGAAUAACGAGAAGCCCUUUGAUUUUACAGUAUUGAACAAUUUUAAAGCAAUGCGCGAUGCAGUCAACGAUGGGACUAGUGAUUUCUUCAUGUGGGAAACCUUUACCACCAAGCCUUAUCAUGAUUCAGGUGAAGUCAAACGAAUUGGUGAGAUCACCCCACAAUGGCCAGCAUUUAUGUUUGCUGCUCAUACAGAUUUAUUACGCGACAAUAACAGGAAGCAAGCCUUACUCGAGGUAUUGCAAUCCAUUCAAAAAGCAACUGCUCUUUUCAUACAACAAAAAGAAGAUGAAUCAAUUAAAAGAGUGAUGGACAACUUAGACUAUGAUGAACAAGACGUGCGUGCAUGGUUCAAAACAGUUAGCUAUGCAAAAAACCAUCGUCAUGUAUCUACUGAAGCUCUCCAAGUUACUCUGGAAACAUUGGAAAAGGCCGAUGUUGUCAAACAACCCAUAAAAACUAUUAACGAUCUAAUUGAUGUUGACAUCGCUAUACUUAUCGAAUAA